AUGGAUCCAACAUCUGUGCUCAGCACUAUCUAUGAAAUUGCAAUGUUAAUAAAACAAAGCGUAAAACAGGUGAAGGCUAAUGAAAAACAGUGCAAACGUCUUGCAGAUCGAGUUGAUGCUAUUACAUCAAUCUUGCAAUCUAGGAAUGAUAAUGAUCUUCAAAGAUUAGAACUCAGAAAAUCUCUAACAAAUUUCUGCAGCUGUAUUAAGCAAUGCCUUGAAUUUAUUACAAAGUUCAGCGAUGAAACAUCAUGGUUUUUCAAGGUUUUUAAAAAUCAAAAUUUUAAACGUCAAUUUGAAGAAUUAAAUUGUAAACUAUCAGAAAGCGCUACUGAUCUCAACUUGGGUAUCAAUUUGAAACAAAUUUUUGAUUCAGACAAUGAUGCAAACGAUCAACAAAUUGAUAUAAAUACUAUCCAAUCUAAACUCGACGAAAUUGCGUUUAUGAUGGUACGAAGACAAGAAGCACAGCUUGGUCUGGAUAAAAACAUUGAGCAAUAUAUCAAUCAGCGAUUACGUUCGUUUAAGUAUCAACUUGAACAAAAUAUUAUCAAAACAAAUGAUCCUGUCAAAGCUCAAGAAAUCGCCCAAGAAGAAAAUGCUUUUCUUCACAUUCCUUAUUAUGAUUUGCUACUGAAAAAAUGCAUUGGACAAGGUGGAUUCGCUGAUGUUUAUCGUGGUAAAUGGCUCUCUCAAGAUCAUGAAGUAGCCAUUAAAGUUAUUCGAAUUCAACAGCUAGGAGAUAAACUUAAGGAAGAUUUUGUCAAGGAAAUUUCGAUUAUGUACCGUAUUCGUUAUGAUCAUAUUCUUAACAUAUUUGGUGCUUGUAUGGAACCAGGAAACUAUGCACUUAUUGUCGAAUAUAUGUCUCUUGGCUCCCUAUAUGAUGUUCUAAGACAAGAAACAAUGCAAUUGACUUGGACUGAUCGAUGGUCGAUCGCUCUUCAGAUGACUAAAGGUAUCAAUCAUUUACACACACAUACAAAACCAAUUAUCCAUCGCGACAUUAAAUCACUCAAUGUUUUUAUGACUGGAAGAAGCCAAGAUAUUUUAGUCAAAAUCGGUGAUUUUGGCCUUGCGAAAAUUCGUCAUGAAACAUCGUGUCAAUCUUCAAAAAAUACUUCAGUCGGUACUUUGCCAUGGAAAGCGCCCGAGUUACUCAAAAUGGGAAAACAUACAGAAGCUAGUGAUGUGUAUGCCUUAGGAAUAGUGCUUUGGGAACUAGCUACGGGAUGUGAACCAUAUGAAGAAUCUGACGAGUCAACGAUCAGUGCAUUCGUCCAAAGAGGUGAUAGACUCGAUAUUCCGCCAACUACUCCCAUGUUGUUCGCGGAACUUAUUUCGAAAGCUUGGGCCCAUGAGCCUAUCAAAAGGCCAACGUGCCAGCAGCUUCUCGUUUCCAUGAAAGAAGGCUAUUUUGAACCUAUUGCAGCCGGAAAGCUGAAGGUGAGAAAAUAUAGUGCUCCUUAUUCUUCAUCUUGA